AUGCAGUUCAAGAUCGUUGCGCUCGCUUUCACAGCCCUCACGGGUUUCGUCCAUGCCCAACAGCUCUCGGCUGAAACCCUAGCCGGGGCCAUCAACUUCAUCGCCGACACCUCCCAGGAGACCAGCGAUCUCGUCAGGCAGAUCACCCCAUUCAACCCCGUUGCGUUCGUCAAUGCUGUUCCUCGCGUCGUCAACAAUUUCAAGGCCCUGGCCAACACCGUCGCCUCGAACGCCCUCAAGCUCAAGGGCAUCGAAGUGGAGGAGCCUUUCUCCGCGGACGGCCAGGCCCAGGUCUUCGACGCCUUCGUGAACCUGGUCAGGGUCUACAAAAACCUCUUCGACGUCUUGUUUCCCCGCUCCAAGAUCAUCUCUUCGGUCGGGUUUGGUCCCUCCAUCGCUGGCGCCCUUCGCUUUCUCGAGGCUGGCGUCGAUACGUUCGCUUUGGGCAUCAUCAGAUUUAUUCCCAAUCAUAGUGAGGUCGCUACCAAGGGUCAGAUGGGUCUCAGGCAGCUCUUUGGAGCCGCCCUCGAUCGUUUUUAG